GCGUGAUCAGAUAGAGGUUUGCAAACUUGAUGGGCCAGUCAAGAUCCUUAGAACCGGAGUAGAACAACUGAGUGUUUGACCGAGGAAAGAGAACGGGAAAGUAGAACAACUUAAAAAGAGGAGAGUGGGUAGGUUCCAUUAUCAGCAGCCAGAGAUGGCCAUCAUAGAUAGGUAGAGGCGAUAUGCUCCUCAAUCUCAUCACUGCAACAAACUUGAAUAACGGGGUCGAAGGGGGCAGUGAGCGACGAGCGGCAGGACCGAUAAGGUACCUCGAAGGUAGGUACGGGCAGAAACCAAGGCGAAAAUUGUUGGUUUUCUUUUCCUUCUUUUGCCAGCAGCUGGGCUCGCAUGGCAAGACCACUCCGGGGCAUUGUCCGUCCGGCACCUCGCAAAGGCACCUCCAAAGGCACCUCGCAAUGGAAGGCAUCUCACGCAACAUGGCAACCUCUCUCGCUGAUAGCACCAAUAAUACCAGAGCGCUUGCUGUUACUGGUGAGCCAUGAACCAGACUUCCCAGUUCAGAAGGUUAACUUUUCCAAGGGCCCCACCCAGAACCCAUGGGGUAUCACAGACUUCCAUAGAGCUUCCAUAAAGGCAAAUUGGACAAUCAAAAAAGCAACAGGAACAUGUUUGCAAAGCAUUUCAGCCAACAUGUCAACAUUUUACUUGCCAGUAUUUCCAGCAUCGUGGGCGUUGCUCUCCCACAUCUCUCGCCGCUGGGCAAAGGUCCACUCAUGCACCGAGUUUAUCGCGACUCCGCGAGUUCGUGGGACUUCAGGUAUCGGUACCUUGACAGUACAGACACCGAUGUGUAAGCCAAGACCCGUAUUUUACCAAAAACAGAAGGAGAAGGGCUCGUUGAGGAUUUUCAUUGGCUCACCAUGCUCUUUCCCUACCCAGCUGAUUAUUAACAAAAAGGUUGAUCCUGGGCAAUCGAAGGUUCUGUUGAUCAUAUCGGGAGCCGCGGGGUGGCAGCGGCAGCAGCAGCAACAGCAGCAGCACAGCAAGAGGCGGCGUUUAUCGCUAUCUGCCAAGGUAGGUGCUUGUCAUUGACGUGCUAUCAUCCGGUUUCCAUCAUCCAGCAAGUCGGCUGCCAGGCAUCGAAGCGGCGUUGCAGUGUUGUUGACAGCAACUGAAAGAUGGACAAGAUUUGGCGGCAUCGGAUCGCUCGGUGGCGGGCGUGA